AUGAAUUUAAGGUCUUGCAACACUAUUUGGCAUGUGGGCGAGAAAAGGGUAAUGAUUGCCUUCUCUAAAGAUGUGGCCCAUUUGAACAUAUUGAUAGUAACCGACGGAGUAGGAGGGAUUCGUCGAUCCACCUUGAAAGGCACCGAUGCCAGGAUGUUAGCAGCUUACACCAGCCCUAUGGCCUACGGGCCAAUUGCUGACAUGGAACCUCACCCCGGAUCCGCAGUAGCAUAUACUGUGUAUAUCAAUGUAAAUGUCAUCAUGCCUUCCGAUAUGGCUGCACCAGAACGAUUCAUUUCAUGA